AUGGAGCUAAAGAUUGAUGCUAGUGGAAAGAGACACCCGUAAGGGAAAUUUGGGGGUGAAAUAACUCCCUAUAUUUUAUCCUCUGGCUGCCGUAAAAAAAAAAACAAAAAAAAAAAAAAAACACACCACAAAAGUAGGUCACGUUUGGGGGUCAUUGUGCAUUUUACCAAGUCGCUUUAAAAUUGGAUGUUUGCAUGUAGAUUGUGUGUAAUAAUAGCAUUGCACUGGUGAUAAUCAGUAAGAAACAAACACAAGAAUAAAGAUCAAAAAUUAUUUUAAUUCCCAUAUUGAUAAAAAUAAUUCAAUGAAUUUUGUAAACCAUUGCAUAAAUGCUAUAGUGUAAAAGUUUUUUUUCCUUUUUUUUUUUAAACAAGUGUUAACAAUUUUUAAACAAGUCACUACAAGUAAAUGAUUAUGCAAUUAAAUAAUACCUUCUGUAUCAGGGAAAAAAAAAUAAAAAAAACAACCAUUCACAAUACCAGUCUUUUUGAUACACUCAAACCAGAUUAGCUUCCAUAAAUUAAUACAUGUAAAUUCUAAGAAUAUUUAAGGUCUUUUUCCGACCACAAAAAGUACACAAAUAUACUGUAACAAUAAGAAUAUUACUAAUAUUUAAAACACUAUUAAAGAUAAAGGCUAUUUUGAAUGUCAACAACAAAAAUGAUAUGUUUUAAAAACAAAAUAAAAAUGAUUGAGAAAAAAAGUACUACAAUAUGCAGCUUGCCUUCCAAUAUAAUUUUACCAAACUAUGAAAAACCCUGAGCAAACCAAAACACCUAGCACUUGUAUGGAUACCCAAACAAUUACAACACUGUGUAACAGUUACAUACAGUAAAAUGCAUGUGUGUUACAUGCACAUAGCAAUUAUUUGGUUUAGCAAGAUUUACUUUAUUGUAUUUUUUCCCGAAACAACACAGCUUAGAUUAAUAACUUAUUCAACAGCAAAACAAUCUGCAUUUGUUACAUUCACCUAGUUUUAAUAUAUUAAUUGCAUAAAAGGUUCCGAUUUAACGUAUCAUUAGGUUAAAGUAAAACAAACCUGUAAUAUGUUAUUUUAUUUUUGCAUAAAAUACUGUAUUAAUCUGGAUUUAUUUUUUUUAAAAUAUAUAUUCAAAUACUUAUUUAUACCUACUGUAAAAGGUUACAUUUAGUGAUUAACCAUAAACAAGGACUUUGUAUAUGAAUUGAUCCUGGUGUACAUUUGUGAUAACUUCAGUUACUUGAAAUAACUUUGUGUGAAUGUUAAUAUAUGGUCCUGGUAAUACCCAGGGUUUCUGCUACAAUUACAAGCAAGCUGCGUAUUCCGAUCAUUUCACAUUUUGGUACAUUUCUUUGGUCUACUCCUUUUCUUUACAAUUAGGCUAAUGAAGAAACCAUUUUUGCCCAACUGGGACUAAGGUGUAAUAUUGCAUGGUUCCUUGCAGACAGUAGCACCCAGAAGAACAGCAGAGAUAGAUACAAGACUAUGAUUUGAGCACCUAAAUCAGCACAAAAUGUAAGACUGAUGUGAACAGUUCACUAAACUGAGCAAUUUCACUUUUCAUAGAAUUUAGCUUUAGAAAACACAGCACAUGCUGAACUUCUGCAGAGACCGAAUUAGAAACGCAAAAUCAAUCAAUAAAAAAUAUAUAAGAUUACCAUCAAAAGAUGCACACUUGCAGAUUAGUGCAGCCAUUUUUUUUUUCUUAGCGUCUGUCUAUUACACCACUUGGAUAAGUCAUCUAGAACAGGGGUGUUCAUUUCUCAUAAUUAUCAUACAGCCAGCACUAUGGGAAAUGUAGUACAAGAGCCAUGGCUAUAAUUAAGUCUCAUACAUAUAUCAGUCUAAUGUUAUCAAAGUUCUACAAAAAGUUAAUGGUAUACAUUCUGGGACAUAUAGCUUCACAUCUGCAUAAUUAUUACAUCACCAAAUUCAGACUAAUCAAAGUGUAGUUGACCAAGGAGCAGAUCAAGUAGCAUCUGGCUGUUCCAAAACUAAACAAAUAAUCAAAGCCAUCUGUCAUCAAAGGGAAUUUAUAAUAAUAAUAAAAAAAUUUAAAAAAAGUAUAAAAGAUCACGUGGUAAAUAUUAAUGUUAAAAUAAAUAUUUAAUCGAAGAAAAUGAUUGCACUGUUCCGAGACAACCAAUCUUACUGAAGGGCAAAUAAGGCCAUCUUGGACAUUCUAGGGACAAUAUUAAUUACUAAACAUCCUUAGAUAGAUGCUUAUAGUGGGAUGAAAUCUUGACUUUCAUUAUAACAACAGCUCUACCUGUAAAAUAGCCACAAGUCCCGAUUUAGUCAACAAUGGGAAAUAAUGGUAUUCUAGGAAGCUAUAUAAUAAUUUGCUGUUAAUCUGAGUAUACAUCUGUCCCACAGGAAACCCUCAAACUAAAAUUCUAGAAUACCUGCACAACCAUUUGAGCACAAGCGCAUUAAUGAAUGGUGACUUCCCGUUCUAAGACAAUCCUGGUUUAAAACCACGAAUGUCUUCCGAAGGCGUUAAAAACAACAAUUUUACUGAAAGGUGCAACAGGAUACUUUACCAAUAAAUUGGCACAAAUAGGUGGAUUUCACAAACUGUUCUGUUCUGAAAGGCGGUGGAAAGUUGUUAAAAUUGGAUCACCAAAGUAAUUUAUUAAUGAUUUCACCACAUUCACACAGUGAUUACCUUACUUAUAAAACUUUGCACCAAUUUUCAGACCACAACAUUUCCAUAAAUCUCCUUGAAACCAUAAAUACUUCUAUGAAUUUGAGAUCUGAUAUUUAAUAAUUUUGGCAGGACUUACACUUCCAUGCACAACAGACCUAGCCAGAUCUUAAAGGGGAACCAUGACUUCUUUUGAAUUUACACCAUUGAAAUAAAAAAUAAAAUAAAAAUCUCUAUUUUGUGGUAACCAUUUUCAUGAUACAUAAAUUUUAUUUUAUUUUAAAUGAGGACUGGGUUAGGAACCCCUGGUUUAGAGUGCUAAAGUACCAGAAAGGUAAAUUUCCAGAUGAAAGACUGUCUCUUUAGAAGAAUAAAGAAAAGUUAGUUUUUAUUAGUAAAGAAUAUAAUAAACUAAAUAUUGAAAAAGUAAACAAAUUCAGGUUGUUAUAAAAAAGUUAAGACCAAAGAAAAGCACCAUAAUAAUGCUGAUGCUUAAGUGCAUAAACUAAUAUAUAUAUAUUUAUAUACACACACACACAUAUACACACAUACAUAUAUAUAUAUAUAUACACACACACACACAUACAUAUAUAUAUAUAUAUAUACACACACACACAUAUACAUAUACAUAUAUAUAUACAUAUACAUAUACACACACACACACAAACUAAAAAGAAUGGAUUUCCUAAACAUACCACAAAAAUAAGCAUCAAUGGAUAUGGCAACUUCCAAUCUAAAUUAGGUCAUUUACUUACGUUCUUAAAUAGAAAAGAAAAGUAUGUUUAAAACAAAGGCUAUGUAGUAUAAGCAUUAUUUUCUAACAAUGAAACAACUACAUAAUUCCUAAUUUCACAUUCAAGACUGAAAUGAACUUUAACUAAAAGCGUGUUCAAUAAUGUUAAAAACAAAUAAAUUUUAAAAAAGUUCAUGCUACAAUACUUUCCCUAAUUUGGUCACGGUGAAAAUCAUUACUAGGUCACGUUGCAUAUGUAUUCAACGUAACAAUGUACUUAAUGUUUAAAAUGUCUUUGGCAAGGGAGAAUAUCCAGUGCUACAAAGCUUCAGUAAUCUUGCCCCAUUAUCACCCUGAACUUCUUUGCCCGUGGUAGCGCUGUCACCCUUUCUAAUGGUGAAGAAUUUGGUUCUGAGUCGUCAACCAUUUCUGAAUGUAUGCGACAGCUGCGGCUUAGAACAUCCCAAAGAUCUGAAGUCAGACUACCUACAGAUAUUCCUCAAACGAUGAAGACCUAUUCCCACGGUCCUGCAGAUAACCAACUCACCUUCGAAUCUCUCAGGUCUGCCGGUUCCGGCCUGAAAAGGUCAAUAAUUCAUAAGUUAUAUCUUGUGCCUUUCAGAAAAGGAUAUUAUGACCUUAUGCCUUAG